AUGGGUUUCGGCAAGAUCCAGGACCUGGCCGUCGUCACCAACAUCGCCCCCACCGCCACCACCGAACAGCUGCGGACCUUACUCUCCAUUGGCACCAUUCGCGAGUUUGUUGUCUAUCCCACAAACGAUCCAUCACAAAUAGUGACCCGAGUAUGCUACGUGCGUUACCAAGACCCAAUCAAUGUUUGCGUGGCAGAGCAUCUCACGAACACGGUCUUCAUUGACAGAGCUAUUAUGGUCAGGCCUGUUCACGAUGGUCGAAUACCUGAUGAAGCUAUGGCUCUAAAGUUAGCCAGUGAAGGCCACUCUCAAAACAGCAGCAAUAGUGGUGUUGUCAGCCAGGUGGCCAAUGUUAAUGGAACACAAUCAAUAACUACUAUUGAUCCUCGAUUGAACGCUCUUGGCCUACCUCAAUAUCCACCACUACCGGCCAACUUGGACCCAGCCAAAAUUGAAGAAAUCAGAAGGACCGUUUCAGCGUCAAACAUUUCUCAAUAUUCGACGCCUGAACAGAUUUUGGAAUUUUUCAAUCAGUUUGGCGAAGUAAAGUACCUUCGAAUGACUUCAAAUGAAACAGAUCUAAUUAAAUCGGCUUUGAUUGAAUUUACCGAUCAAAUGAGCGUCGCAAAUGCUCUUCAAAGUACUGGAAUAAACUUGAAUGGAUCUUUAAUAAGUAUUAAUCAUUCAAAUAGUGGAAUCUUGAAACCUCAUCACAACAUAACCCAUGGAAACGGAAACGAUAAUAUCAAAGCUCAAGACCCCAAAUCACGCUCCAAAGAGUCACCAGUUACUAGUAGAAGAAGUAGAUCACAAUCACGAAGAUCUCGUUCUCCUCAUCGAUCUAAACGACGAUCAAUUACUCCCUCUCCUCCACGUGACCGUCGCCGGCGAUCUCGCUCUCGUGAACGCCGUAGAUCAGCUGAAAGAAAAAGAUCUCCUUCGCCAGUUUAUGGGAAAGACCGAAGUCGAGACAGGCGAAUUAGGGAACGAUCCAAAGAUCGAGACCGCAGUCGUCGAAGCCCUGAAAGAAGUCGGGAUCGGGAAAGAGACCGCGACCGAGAACGCGAGCGGGAAAGAGAACGGGAUCGAGAACGCGAGCGCGAACGAGAAAGAGAGCGGGAACGGGAGCGUAGAGACCGGGAAAGAUCUCGCCGUGACCAUAGUCGGGAGCGCAGAAGUAAAGACCGUGAACGGGAACGUAGUCGCCGGAAAGAAAGAGAAAGAAGUCGUGACUCUGAACGGAAAGCGGUGGUGGACAAGAGUCGGCGGCGCGACAAGGACCGACGAUCAUCGCGCUCGCGUUCGCGAUCAAAGAGCCCUAACGACAAACGGGUAAAUGAUCUUCCCGAGGAUCGAAUGUCCGUCGAAAUGGAUAUUGAUGAGAACAAGAAAAUGGAGCCAGACCGCCUAAGUGCUAAAAGCGAUGAAGGCAGUCCUCUCGGAAAAUCCUCCGCCGCUUGGAUAACAGCCAGCGGCAGUCCCUAG